AUGUCCAACUCAUACCAGUGUCCUUUGUGCAGCAAAGACAACUUCAAAGACCAUGGUGCUGUUGCCCAACACAUGAUGUCCAUCUGUACUGCAGACUCAGACUCCAUGGAUGUCGACCACGCACCAAAUAUUCCUGAUGUUGACCCAGAGCUUGAUGGGGCUGGAUUUGGAGACUGGGAUGGGGUAUUUCAGGGUAGAAGUGAUGAGGGUGAUGAUCAAGUCCAUGAGGAGGUGACACCGACUGACUCAGACUUCAUUGACUGGCAUCCCAAACCCCCUUAA